CUUCCUCUUCACAUCCCCAAAACACCAAACACCGCAAGCCCCCUCUCCCCCCCUUCCCUCACGUCGCCGCCUCUGAAUCCCCCAAGCCCCCUUCCUCCGCCGCCGGCCUCCCCCGCGGCCGAUGUGUGUGCCUCGCCGGGCCAAAACCCUAGAGGUGACGCGCAGGUGAGGGGUCCCGAUCGGAGAUGGCGGCGGCCGCCAUGGCCGCGCACAGGGCCAGCUUCCCGCUGCGCCUGCAGCAGAUCCUGGCCGGGAGCCGCGCCGUCUCGCCCGCGAUCAAGGUCGAGUCCGAGCCGCCUGCAAAAGUCAAAGAAUUUAUUGAUCGAGUAAUCAAUAUUCCACUACAUGACAUUGCCAUACCACUAUCAGGUUUCCGUUGGGAAUUUAAUAAGGGAAAUUUCCACCACUGGAAGCCUUUAUUUAUGCAUUUUGACACAUAUUUCAAGACAUACCUUUCUUCUAGGAAAGAUCUUCUUUUAUCUGACGAUAUGGCCGAGGCUGAUCCUUUGCCAAAGAAUACCAUCUUGAAAAUUUUAAGAGUUAUGCAGAUUGUUUUGGAGAAUUGCCAUAAUAAAAGUUCUUUUGCUGGUCUUGAGGUGAGCUUUUGCUUGUGCUAUUACCUCCUCCUGACUUCAGAAGAUGUGAGUUAUAACCACCCAUGUUUUUUUUCUCGCCUCAUGCUAAUUUGUUGCUUUUUUUUCCAGCAUUUUAAGCUUCUCCUGGCAUCGUCAGACCCUGAGAUAGUUGUGGCAGCUUUGGAAACUCUUGCUGCAUUGGUGAAAAUAAAUCCUUCAAAGUUGCAUAUGAAUGGAAAGCUAAUUAGCUGUGGAGCUAUAAACACCCAUCUUCUAUCAUUGGCCCAAGGAUGGGGCAGCAAGGAGGAAGGUCUAGGUUUGUAUUCUUGUGUUGUGGCAAAUGAAGGAAAUCAGCAGGAGGGCUUAUCCUUAUUCCCAGCAGAUAUGGAGAACAAAUAUGAUGGCUCACAGCACCGUCUUGGUUCAACUCUUCAUUUUGAGUAUAAUUUGAGUCCUACCCAAGAUCCUGACCAAACUAGUGACAAGAGCAAGUCAUCUAAUUUGUGUGUGAUACAUAUUCCAGACAUGCAUCUUCAGAAAGAGGAUGACUUGAGCAUACUGAAGCAAUGUGUGGACAAGUUCAAUGUGCCCCCAGAGCACAGGUUUGCAUUGCUUACAAGGAUAAGAUAUGCCCGUGCUUUCAAUUCUGCACGAACUUGUAGGCUGUAUAGUCGCAUAAGCCUUCUUUCUUUCAUUGUUCUGGUGCAAUCCAGUGAUGCUCAUGACGAACUCACGUCUUUCUUUACAAAUGAGCCAGAGUACAUAAACGAGUUAAUCAGGCUUGUCAGGUCUGAAGAUUUUGUUCCUGGACCCAUCCGCGCACUGGCUAUGCUAGCGCUGGGAGCACAGCUAGCAGCAUAUGCGUCAUCUCAUGAGCGCGCUAGGAUAUUGAGUGGGUCAAGUAUAAUCUCUGCUGGUGGAAAUCGUAUGGUGUUGCUCAGUGUCCUGCAGAAAGCAAUAUCAUCACUCAAUAGCCCGAAUGACACGUCAGCUCCUCUAAUUGUUGAUGCCCUUCUUCAAUUUUUUUUGCUCCAUGUACUGUCUUCAUCAAGUUCUGGGACUACGGUUAGAGGCUCAGGGAUGGUUCCUCCUCUGUUGCCCCUCCUGCAAGAUAAUGAUCCUUCUCAUAUGCAUCUUGUAUGUUUGGCAGUGAAGACUCUCCAAAAGCUGAUGGAGUACAGCAGCCCUGCUGUUUCUCUGUUCAAAGACUUGGGUGGUGUAGAGCUUUUGUCUCAGAGGUUACAUGUAGAAGUGCAGCGCGUUAUUGGUACUGUUGAUGGUCAUAAUUCAAUGGUUACUGACGCCGUGAAAUCAGAAGAGGAUGUCUUGUACUCUCAGAAGCGAUUGAUUAGAGCUUUGCUCAAGGCCUUGGGGUCUGCUACAUACUCUCCUGGGAAUCCUGCUCGUUCUCAAAGCUCCCAAGAUAAUUCGUUGCCUGUUUCACUUUCCCUUAUAUUUCAGAAUGUAGAGAAGUUUGGGGGUGACAUUUAUUUUUCAGCAGUUACUGUUAUGAGUGAAAUAAUUCAUAAAGAUCCUACAUGCUUUCCUGCUUUGAAGGAACUUGGUCUUCCAGAUGCUUUUCUGUCAUCAGUGACUGCUGGGGUAAUACCAUCUUGUAAAGCUCUUAUCUGUGUUCCUAAUGGCUUGGGUGCUAUCUGCCUCAAUAACCAAGGACUCGAGGCUGUCAGGGAAACUUCAGCAUUACGUUUUCUCGUGGACACCUUCACUAGCAGGAAGUACUUGAUGCCGAUGAAUGAGGGUGUGGUCCUUUUAGCUAAUGCAGUGGAGGAGCUUCUUCGUCACGUGCAAUCCCUGAGAAGUACCGGUGUCGACAUCAUUAUUGAAAUAAUCAACAAACUCUGUUCAUCUCAGGAAUAUAGAAGCAAUGAACCAGCCAUCUCUGAAGAAGAAAAAACAGAUAUGGAAACUGAUGUUGAAGGCCGUGAUUUAGUAAGUGCUAUGGACUCCAGUGCGGAGGGCAUGCAUGAUGAACAGUUCUCUCAUUUAAGCAUUUUCCAUGUGAUGGUCCUGGUGCACCGGACAAUGGAAAACUCUGAAACCUGCCGGUUAUUUGUUGAAAAGGGAGGUCUACAGGCUCUUUUGGCACUCUUGUUGAGGCCUAGCAUUACACAGUCAUCUGGAGGAAUGCCUAUUGCUUUGCAUAGCACGAUGGUGUUCAAGGGCUUUACUCAGCAUCACUCUACUCCACUUGCACGUGCAUUUUGCUCAUCUUUAAGGGAGCAUUUGAAGAGCGCAUUGGAGGAACUUGACAAAGUUUCUAGCUCAGUUGAGAUGUCCAAGUUAGAAAAAGGAGCAAUCCCAUCUCUGUUUGUUGUUGAAUUUCUACUAUUCCUAGCUGCCUCAAAAGAUAAUCGUUGGAUGAAUGCUUUGCUCUCAGAAUUUGGAGAUGCCAGCAGGGAGGUCCUGGAAGAUAUUGGACGAGUUCACCGGGAAGUGCUUUAUAAAAUUUCACUUUUUGAAGAAAACAAGAUUGACUCUGAAGCCAGUUCAUCUUCUCUGGCAUCUGAAGCCCAGCAGCCUGACUCAUCUGCCAGUGACAUUGAUGAUAGCAGAUACACUUCUUUCAGGCAAUAUCUUGAUCCACUUUUAAGGCGAAGGGGUUCUGGGUGGAACAUAGAGUCUCAGGUGUCUGACCUCAUUAAUAUUUACCGUGAUAUUGGCCGGGCAGCUAGUGACUCACAGAGAGUUGAUUCUGAUAGAUAUUCUAAUCAGGGGUUGCCCUCAAGUUCCCAGGACCAGUCUUCCAGUUCAUCUGAUGCAAAUGCUAGCACAAGAUCAGAAGAAGACAAGAAAAAAUCUGAGCAUUCCUCCUGCUGUGACAUGAUGAGGUCUCUCUCGUACCAUAUUAGCCAUCUUUUUAUGGAGCUUGGGAAAGCAAUGCUGCUCACAUCUCGUCGAGAAAACAGUCCUGUAAAUUUAUCCCCAUCUGUUAUAUCCGUUGCUGGCAGUAUUGCUUCUAUUGUGUUGGAACAUCUCAAUUUUGAAGGGCGCUCAGUAAGUUCUGAGAAGGAGAUUAAUGUUACCACAAAGUGCCGAUAUCUCGGAAAGGUGGUUGAGUUUGUUGAUGGAAUAUUAUUGGACCGGCCAGAAUCCUGUAAUCCAAUCAUGGUGAAUUCAUUUUAUUGCCGUGGUGUCAUUCAGGCCAUCCUGACCACAUUUCAAGCUACAAGUGAGUUGCUCUUCACGAUGAGCAGGCCACCAUCUUCGCCUAUGGAUACAGAUAGUAAGACUGGAAAGGAUGGAAAGGAGACGGAUUCUUCAUGGAUUUAUGGCCCCCUCUCCAGCUAUGGGGCAGUAAUGGACCAUCUUGUGACCUCAUCAUUUAUUCUCUCUUCAUCUACUAGACAAUUACUUGAGCAGCCUAUUUUUAAUGGAUCUGUCAGAUUUCCACAAGAUGCAGAGAGGUUCAUGAAGUUGCUUCAGUCAAAGGUGUUGAAGACAGUUCUUCCCAUCUGGGCUCACUCCCAGUUUCCAGAAUGCAACAUUGAGUUGAUCAGUUCAGUCACAUCCAUCAUGAGGCAUGUUUGCACUGGAGUGGAAGUGAAAAACACUGUUGGCAAUGGUAGUGGUCGUUUAGCUGGUCCACCCCCUGAUGAGAAUGCAAUUUCACUGAUUGUAGAGAUGGGGUUCUCUCGUGCCAGGGCUGAAGAAGCAUUGAGACAAGUUGGGACGAACAGUGUUGAAAUAGCAACCGAUUGGUUAUUCUCACACCCAGAGGAACCACAAGAGGAGGAUGAUGAACUUGCUCGGGCACUUGCAAUGUCUCUUGGUAAUUCUGAUACAUCUGCACAGGAGGAAGAUAGUAGGUCCAAUGAUCUUGAGCUGGAAGAAGAAACAGUUCAGCUGCCUCCCAUAGAUGAAAUAUUAUAUUCAUGUCUUCGACUUCUUCAGACAAAGGAAGCAUUAGCUUUUCCUGUCAGGGACAUGCUUGUCACUAUCAGCACACAGAAUGAUGGCCAAAAUCGAGAGAAGGUGCUUACAUAUUUGAUUGAGAAUCUGAAACAGUGUGUGAUGGCUUCUGAGUCUUUAAAGGAUACUACAUUGUCUGCUCUUUUUCAUGUUCUUGCUUUGAUUCUCCAUGGAGAUACUGCUGCCCGUGAAGUUGCCUCAAAGGCAGGUCUUGUGAAGGUUGCUUUAGAUCUGCUUUUCAGCUGGGAGUUGGAACCUAGGGAAAGUGAGAUGACUGAGGUUCCAAAUUGGGUAACUUCCUGUUUUCUUUCUGUUGAUCGAAUGCUCCAGUUGGAACCGAAGUUACCAGAUGUUACAGAGCUAGAUGUCCUGAAAAAGGAUAAUUCUAAUGCAAAAACAUCACUUGUGAUUGAUGACAGUAAGAAAAAAGAUUCAGAAUCUUUGUCAAGUGUAGGGCUAUUGGACCUGGAGGACCAGAAGCAACUUUUGAAGAUCUGUUGCAAGUGCAUUGAAAAACAGUUGCCUUCUGCUUCUAUGCAUGCUAUUCUUCAGCUCUGUGCUACAUUGACGAAAGUUCAUGCAGCUGCAAUUUGUUUUCUUGAGUCUGGUGGUCUGAAUGCGUUGCUGUCAUUGCCGACAAGUAGCUUCUUUUCUGGAUUCAACAGUGUGGCUUCUACAAUCAUUCGUCAUAUUUUGGAGGAUCCUCACACCCUUCAGCAAGCAAUGGAAUUAGAGAUACGUCACAGUCUUGUCACAGCUGCUAAUCGGCAUGCAAAUCCCAGGGUCACCCCACGCAAUUUUGUCCAGAAUUUAGCAUUUGUUGUAUAUCGGGACCCAGUGAUAUUUAUGAAAGCGGCCCAAGCUGUGUGCCAGAUUGAGAUGGUUGGAGAUAGACCAUAUGUUGUUCUUUUGAAGGAUCGUGAGAAAGAAAGGAGCAAGGAGAAAGAUAAGGACAAGUCAGCUGAUAAGGAUAAAGCAACAGGUGCAGUCACGAAGGUAACAUCAGGGGACAUAGCUGCAGGAUCUCCUGCAAGUGCUCAAGGGAAACAGCCUGAUUUGAGUGCACGGAAUGUGAAACCUCACCGCAAGCCACCACAAAGCUUUGUCACUGUUAUAGAGCAUCUCUUAGAUCUGGUCAUAUCCUUUGUUCCACCACCCCGAUCAGAGGAUCAAGCUGAUGUUUCUGGUACUGCCUCAUCUUCAGACAUGGAUAUUGACUGCAGUUCUGCAAAAGGGAAGGGGAAAGCUGUGGCUGUAGCGCCUGAAGAGAGCAAGCAUGCUGCCCAAGAGGCUACUGCAUCCCUUGCCAAAAGUGCAUUUGUCCUUAAGCUGCUGACAGAUGUAUUGUUAACUUAUGCAUCAUCCAUUCAAGUUGUUCUUCGUCAUGAUGCUGACCUGAGCAGCAUGCAUGGCCCUAAUCGACCAAGUGCUGGUCUAGUCAGUGGUGGAAUCUUUAAUCAUAUCUUGCAGCAUUUCCUUCCUCAUGCUGUAAAGCAAAAGAAAGAUAGGAAAACUGAUGGAGAUUGGAGGUAUAAAUUAGCAACAAGGGCUAAUCAAUUUUUGGUGGCUUCAUCUAUUCGUUCUGCGGAGGGCCGGAAAAGGAUUUUUUCUGAAAUCUGCAAUAUAUUUCUUGAUUUCACUGACUCUUCUACGGCUUACAAAGCUCCAGUGUCAAGGUUGAAUGCGUAUGUUGAUUUGCUGAAUGAUAUUCUGUCAGCCCGCUCACCAACUGGCUCCUCUCUAUCAGCAGAAUCUGCAGUUACAUUUGUUGAAGUUGGACUUGUUCAAUCGUUAUCGAGAACCCUUCAAGUUCUUGACUUGGAUCACCCUGAUUCAGCGAAGAUUGUUUCUGCUAUUGUGAAGGCCCUGGAAGUGGUCACUAAGGAACAUGUUCAUUCAGCAGAUCUUAAUGCAAAAGGAGACAACUCGUCAAAGAUUGCCUCUGACAGCAACAAUGUGGAUUUAUCAUCUAAUAGGUUCCAGGCUCUUGACACAACUUCUCAGCCCACAGAAAUGAUUACUGAUGACAGGGAAACAUUUAAUGCUGUCCAAACUUCACAAAGUUCAGAUUCAGUAGAAGAUGAGAUGGAUCAUGAUCGUGAUAUGGAUGGAGGUUUUGCUCGUGAUGGUGAAGAUGAUUUUAUGCAUGAGAUGGCUGAAGAUGGAACUGGCAAUGAAUCCACAAUGGAAAUCAGAUUUGAAAUUCCACGCAAUAGAGAGGAUGAUAUGGCUGAUGACGAUGAAGACACUGAUGAAGAUAUGUCAGCAGAUGAUGGUGAAGAGGUUGAUGAAGAUGAUGAGGAUGAAGAUGAUGAUGAGGAGAAUAACAAUCUUGAGGAAGAUGAUGCCCAUCAGAUGUCUCAUCCUGACACAGAUCAGGAUGAUCGUGAAAUGGAUGAAGAAGAAUUUGAUGAGGACCUGUUAGAAGAUGAUGAUGAAGACGAGGAUGAGGAAGGAGUCAUCCUUCGCCUGGAGGAGGGGAUUAAUGGGAUUAAUGUGUUUGACCAUAUUGAAGUUUUUGGUGGGAGCAACAAUUUGUCUGGGGAUACACUGCGUGUGAUGCCUCUGGACAUUUUCGGUACAAGAAGGCAAGGCCGAAGUACCUCCAUAUACAAUCUUCUUGGCAGAGCAAGUGAUCACGGUGUUCUGGAUCACCCGCUUCUUGAAGAGCCUUCUUCGAUGUUGAACCUUCCGCAUCAAGGGCAACCAGAAAAUCUGGUUGAGAUGGCUUUCUCUGAUCGAAACCAUGAAAGUAGCUCCUCCCGUUUGGAUGCUAUAUUCCGCAGCUUGCGAAGUGGGCGGAAUGGACACCGUUUUAAUAUGUGGCUGGAUGACAGUCCGCAACGCAGUGGAUCUGCUGCCCCUGCAGUACCUGAAGGCAUUGAAGAAUUGCUUAUAUCUCAUUUGAGGCGGCCCACUCCUGAACAGCCUGAUGACCAGAGAACACCUGCUGGUGGUACUCAAGAAAAUGACCAGCCCACCAAUGUAUCGGAAGCUGAGGCAAGGGAAGAAGCACCAGCUGAACAAAAUGAGAACAAUGAAAAUACAGUAAAUCCUGUGGAUGUCUUAGAAAAUGCUGGCCCUGCACCUCCUGACAGUGAUGCACUUCAAAGAGAUGUGUCCAAUGCAAGUGAGCAUGCUACAGAGAUGCAGUAUGAGCGUAGUGAUGCUGUGGUACGUGAUGUGGAAGCAGUCAGCCAAGCAAGCAGUGGCAGUGGUGCCACUUUAGGGGAGAGCCUCAGAAGUUUGGAGGUUGAAAUAGGAAGUGUUGAAGGGCAUGAUGAUGGUGACCGGCAUGGGGCUUCAGGCGCUUCAGAUCGGCUACCUUUGGGUGAUAUGCAAGCAACUGCUCGAUCACGGAGGCCAUCUGGAAGUGCGGUCCAAGUAGGUGGCAGAGAUAUAUCUCUGGAGAGUGUUAGUGAGGUUCCUCAAAAUUCAAACCAAGAACCUGAUCAAAAUGCUAAUGAGGGGAAUCAGGAGCCUGCUAGAGCAGCAGAUGCUGACUCAAUUGAUCCUACAUUUUUGGAGGCUCUUCCUGAAGACUUACGAGCUGAAGUUCUUUCUUCACGUCAAAAUCAAGUGGCUCAGACUUCUAAUGACCAACCUCAGAAUGAUGGAGAUAUUGAUCCUGAAUUCCUUGCUGCACUCCCCCCUGAUAUACGAGAAGAGGUGCUAGCUCAACAACGUGCCCAAAGGUUGCAACAACAAUCACAAGAAUUAGAAGGACAGCCAGUUGAAAUGGAUGCCGUUUCAAUUAUUGCAACAUUCCCCUCAGAAAUUCGUGAAGAGGUGCUUUUGACAUCUCCGGACACACUACUAGCUACACUCACACCUGCACUAGUUGCUGAAGCCAACAUGUUAAGGGAGAGAUUUGCUCAUCGGUAUCACAGUAGCUCCCUUUUUGGUAUGAACUCCAGGAACAGGAGAGGUGAAUCCUCCCGACGUGAAAUAAUGGCAGCAGGCCUUGACAGAAACGGUGAUCCCUCCAGAUCAACUAGCAAGCCAAUUGAGACUGAAGGUGCUCCGCUGGUUGAUGAGGAUGCCCUUAGAGCUCUUAUUCGGUUGCUUCGAGUUGUUCAGCCUUUAUACAAGGGUCAACUGCAGCGGCUUCUCCUGAAUCUUUGUGCUCACCGGGAUAGCAGGAAGUCCUUGGUUCAAAUUCUAGUGGACAUGCUUAUGCUUGAUCUGCAGGGUUCCUCAAAGAAAUCAAUAGAUGCAACUGAGCCACCAUUUAGGUUGUAUGGAUGCCAUGCGAAUAUCACAUAUUCGCGCCCUCAAUCUUCAGAUGGUGUGCCUCCGUUAGUCUCACGUCGUGUGCUUGAAACUUUGACAUACUUGGCCAGAAGUCAUCCAAAUGUUGCUAAGCUCUUGCUCUUUCUUGAAUUUCCGAGCCCAUCAAGAUGCCACACUGAAGCACUUGAUCAGAGACAUGGCAAGGCUGUUGUAGAAGAUGGUGAAGAACAGAAAGCUUUUGCGCUUGUUCUGCUGUUAACUCUGUUGAAUCAGCCACUGUAUAUGAGAAGUGUAGCUCAUCUUGAACAGUUACUAAACCUUCUUGAAGUUGUCAUGCUGAACGCUGAGACUCAAAUUAAUCAAGCUAAGUUGGAAGCAUCAUCUGAGAAACCUUCUGGACCUGAGAAUGCAGUACAAGAUAGUCAAGAUAAUACCAAUAUUUCUGAAUCAUCUGGAUCAAAGUCAAAUGCUGAGGAUAGUAGCAAAACCCCUGCUGUUGAUAAUGAAAAUAUCCUGCAAGCUGUUUUGCAAAGUCUUCCCCAACCAGAGCUUCGGUUGCUAUGUUCAUUGCUUGCGCAUGAUGGAUUGUCAGACAAUGCCUAUCUCCUUGUAGCGGAAGUGUUGAAAAAGAUUGUGGCUCUGGCCCCAUUCUUCUGUUGCCAUUUCAUAAAUGAGCUUGCACGUUCAAUGCAAAAUUUGACACUUUGUGCAAUGAAGGAGCUUCGCUUGUAUGAGAAUUCUGAAAAGGCUCUUCUUAGCUCUUCAUCAGCCAAUGGAACAGCAAUUCUUAGAGUUGUGCAGGCUUUGAGUUCUCUUGUCACCACUCUUCAAGAGAAAAAGGAUCCAGAGCUUCCUGCUGAAAAAGAUCACUCAGAUGCAGUUUCCCAGAUUUCUGAGAUUAACACUGCAUUGGAUGCUUUGUGGUUGGAGUUGAGCAACUGCAUAAGCAAAAUAGAAAGUUCUUCAGAAUAUGUAUCGAAUCUAAGUCCUGCUGCUGCCAAUGCACCUACAUUAGCAACAGGUGUAGCACCUCCAUUGCCUGCAGGAACCCAAAACAUAUUACCAUAUAUAGAAUCAUUUUUUGUGACAUGUGAAAAGUUGCGUCCUGGGCAACCUGAUGCUGUACAAGAGGCUUCAACUUCAGAUAUGGAAGAUGCUUCAACAUCUAGUGGUGGGCUGAGAUCAUCUGGUGGCCAAGCCAGUCUUGAUGAGAAACAAAAUGCUUUUGUGAAAUUUUCAGAGAAGCACAGAAGAUUGUUGAAUGCAUUCAUCCGCCAAAACCCAGGGUUGCUGGAAAAAUCAUUCUCCCUAAUGCUGAAAAUCCCUCGCCUAAUUGAUUUUGACAACAAACGUGCAUAUUUCCGGUCUAAAAUCAAGCAUCAGCAUGAUCAUCAUCAUAGUCCUGUGAGAAUUUCUGUGCGCCGUGCAUAUAUUCUUGAGGACUCCUAUAAUCAGCUCAGGAUGCGCUCACCUCAGGACUUGAAGGGUAGGCUCACUGUUCAUUUUCAAGGAGAAGAAGGAAUUGAUGCUGGUGGGCUGACAAGGGAGUGGUACCAGUCGCUGUCACGAGUCAUUUUUGACAAGGGUGCCCUUUUAUUUACUACGGUGGGGAAUGAUCUCACAUUUCAACCGAAUCCUAAUUCUGUAUAUCAAACUGAGCACCUUUCAUACUUCAAAUUUGUUGGACGAGUGGUUGGCAAAGCUCUCUUCGAUGGUCAACUUUUAGAUGCCCAUUUUACUAGAUCUUUCUACAAACAUAUACUUGGUGUCAAGGUUACAUACCAUGACAUUGAAGCCAUUGAUCCUGCAUACUACAAGAAUUUGAAAUGGAUGCUUGAGAAUGACAUAACUGAUGUUUUGGAUCUCACAUUUAGCAUGGAUGCAGACGAAGAAAAGCUGAUACUAUACGAGAAGGCAGAGGUCACUGAUAGUGAGUUGAUUCCUGGAGGGCGUAACAUCAAGGUAACCGAGGAGAAUAAGCAUGAAUAUGUGGACCGGGUAGUAGAGCAUCGUUUGACCACUGCAAUCAGGCCUCAGAUUAAUGCCUUCCUGGAAGGGUUUAAUGAACUCAUUCCACGGGAGCUAAUAUCUAUCUUUAACGACAAAGAGCUUGAACUUCUAAUUAGCGGACUUCCGGAUAUUGACUUGGAUGAUUUGAAAGCAAAUACAGAAUAUUCUGGCUACAGCAUAGCCUCUCCGGUCAUUCAGUGGUUCUGGGAAAUAGUGCAAGGGUUCAGCAAGGAAGACAAAGCUCGGUUCCUCCAGUUUGUGACGGGCACUUCAAAGGUACCGCUAGAAGGUUUCAGUGCACUGCAAGGAAUCUCAGGGCCACAACGGUUUCAGAUACACAAGGCCUAUGGCAGCACGAACCAUCUUCCUUCGGCUCAUACUUGCUUUAACCAACUAGACUUGCCUGAGUACACAUCCAAAGAGCAGCUCCAGGAGAGGUUACUGUUGGCGAUCCAUGAAGCAAAUGAAGGUUUCGGAUUCGGCUAACCGGUCAUCCCUGUGCAUGUGCCCUGUUGGGGAGUCUGUACAGAUACUGAGAUUUGCAAUAGGUGAGCAGGACGUGCGCUGAUCUUUUUCCAUAUUCUGAACUCCACUGGCUGCCGACACCAAGCGAUGGCACUUGUCCCUGCAAGGCCCUUGCAAAUGAUAGUUGGGAGGGACGGCCGUGAUGGAAGAACAUGCCCAGGAUUGAGAAUUUUCAGGGAGGAGCGGGAGUGUAGAGAGAUGGCAACUAUUUGAUGUUCAUAAUAUUCUUUUUCCUUUUUUAUGGUCGUUUUUCGGCCGUUGCCCCAUUAAUAGUUGUCGCCUUGACACAUUGGACUUUGGCUCCUAAGGGUUUUUUUGGUUUACUUUAUUUUUCACGUUUGUCUUGGGGCAUAGACUGGUGUAACUGAACAUUAUGUCGAAUGCAAGUUUUCUGUCUUACCCCUGUUAA